AUGCACCAAAGGGAGCCUCGAAAUCUCCAAAAGUUCAACGGAAAGGCUUGCUUCCCCUGCACCCGCGCAAAACGCCGCUGCGACAAGAGCUUACCCGCCUGUCGCCGGUGCGUAGACCGCGCCGUCGACUGCUGUUACCCAUCCGUCCGCCCCUACACCCGCCGCCCCAAAGCUUCUGAGCAUACCGCUUCCGUCGACACAUCUGCGCAGAGUGGCAGGAGUAUUGAACCUGGUGGUCCUGUCGCCGUGGUGCAACCCGAUGAAGUAGCGGCCUGCGCCUUGGGCGAGAGCAUGGCCGUUGAUGCUUGCGCAAGCAAGGCUCGGGCGCAGAUCCAAAGUAUACCACCCAUAUAUGAUGACAGUACUUUCAAUGGUUUUCUUGGAAGUAGCGAUAGAGAUGCAAGCUCCUCCAUCGUAGAUGCGACCGGGCCCGCCUCCUGUGAAGCUCUGCCACUCCCGCCGCAGUUCUGGCUCGCGCAAGUGUCCACAGAUGACUUCGAUGCAUACGCUGCAUACAGUCCUCCAGCACCCAGUCGCUUGCCUGACCCUAGCCAAGACCGCCCCGUUCGCGCCUCUGCGCACAGAGAUUUCGUCAAGACCAUCGGCCGCUGGGUGCACGGCUGGGCGCGCGACGGGCAGUGCCCCUUCAUACACAAGGAAUUGUACGCUGACACGGGCUUCCCUUCUUGCCUCCAGGACGCCUUCGCGUGCUUGGCUGCGUAUGCGGUCAAGAAGGAUGCCACCGAGGAGAUUACGUGGCAGCUUUUCGAGCGCACCGCAAACAGUAUAUUCCUCCCGCCGACGUGCGCUGACGUAGCGCAACCGCUGUGCGAGUGGCUGCCCAGGAUCCAAGCUGGUUUCUUGGUACUGUACAUUCGUCUUUUCGACGGCGACAUUCGCCAGCGCUCGCUCGCGGAGACUCACAUGGAGACGCUGCUCUCUUGGCUCAAGAGGCUCACGAUACAGGCUAACCUCUUCUUGCCGCGAUUGACGUUUGCCUCUGACGGGCCGUCGUAUACUCCUUCCGCGACGGCUGUCUCCCACUCUGCGGUCGCUCGGCAGUGGCACGACUGGAUCCUCGCGGAGAGCGUACGCCGUACGUGGAUUGUCGCCGUGUACACACUGUCCGUUUAUCGCGCCCUUCGGGGUGACUCCGUCCAGUGCUCAGGCAGGAUCGCGUUCACCAUGCGCGCGGGGCUCUGGGAUGCCAAGUCGGCGACUACGUGGGCUGGUAUCGUCGCUGCGAGAGACGCACUAUUCACGGAGCCACUGGCUCCAGAUCUAAUGGAUAGUAUCGCGGCCAUUGGCGAGGUGGACGCAUUUGUGCGGCCGGUAGUGAGCAUCAUGUAA